UCGCCGCGCCCCGUCGCCCCGUCGCCCCGUCGCCCCGUCGCCCCGUCGCCCCGUCGCCCCUUCCCCUCUGCGGCCUCCCGGCAGCCCCCAGCGUCGGCCCCCAGGCAGCAUGGUGAGGUUCGCUGGGGGGCCCUCGCCACCAUGUACGUGAGCUACCUCCUGGACAAGGACGUGAGCAUGUACCCCAGCUCCGUGCGCCACUCCGGCGGCCUCAACCUGGCCCCGCAGAACUUCGUCAGCCCCCCGCAGUACCCGGACUACGGCGGCUACCAUGUGGCGGCGGCGGCCGCGGCGGCCGCGAACCUGGACAGCGCGCAGUCCCCGGGGCCCUCCUGGCCCGCCGCCUACGGGGCCCCGCUGCGAGAGGACUGGAACGGCUACGCGCCGGGGGGCGCCGCGGCCGCAGCCAACGCCGUGGCGCACGGCCUCAACGGGGGCUCGCCGGCCUCGGCCAUGGGCUACAGCAGCCCCGCCGACUACCACCCGCACCACCACCCGCACCACCACCCGCACCACCCGGCCGCCGCGCCCUCCUGCGCCACCGGCUUGCUGCAGACACUGAACCCCGGCCCUCCGGGGCCCGCAGCCACGGCCGCCGCAGAGCAGCUGUCCCCCGGCGGCCAGCGGCGGAACCUGUGCGAGUGGAUGCGGAAGCCCGCGCAGCCGUCCCUCGGGAGCCAAGUGAAAACCAGGACGAAAGACAAAUACCGAGUGGUGUACACGGAUCACCAGCGGCUGGAGCUAGAGAAGGAGUUUCACUACAGUCGUUACAUCACCAUCCGGAGGAAAGCUGAGCUGGCCGCCACGUUGGGGCUCUCCGAGAGGUUAAAAUUUGGUUUCAGAACCGCAGAGCCAAGGAAAGGAAAAUCAACAAGAAGAAGUUGCAGCAGCAGCAGCAACAGCAGCCGCCCCCGCAAGCCCCACCACCUGCACCGCAGCCUCCCCAGCCCCAGCCAGGUCCUCUGAGAAGUGUCCCGGAGUCCCUGAGUCCCGUGUCUGCCCUGCAGGGCUCGGUGCCUGGCUCUGUCCCCGGGGUUCUGGGGCCAGCGGCGGGGGUGUUAAACCCUACUGUCACCCAAUGACCUACAGUGGCCUGCAGCAGCAGAGCGAUUCUGGGCUGAGCCAUGAGGAGCACAGACUCUGCUAGAAUCCUCAGGAGAGACCCCCCUUCCCUCCCCUCCACAAAUGUACACCAACUUACCUAGCUCUCAGAGAAAAACAUGGGGGCCAGGAGCAAGGACAAGUGGGGUUGGAGGCCUCAAGGAAGACAUUUUCCCAGAUUUUUACUUCUUCUGGCCGGACUUUCUGCCAGCGAGGAGAUGGGAUCUGACAACUGGGGCUUCAUUUAGUACUGGCAAAAGCAUCGCCUGGACUGGCUGAACAGACCAAGCCUUCGUACCCCUCCUCCCCAGCUCUUGGCCUUCCAAAUCUGCAGGAUGCAUCUCUGGUUGAAGCUAAGGGGAGAGAGGGACUCAGGGGGAACCCAGUGUUUGAAGCCAAGGUGGCUACUUGCCUACCGCCUGCCAUUCAAGGGUCAGCUGGUUCCUCCUGCCGCAAGGGCAGGCAAGAUUUAACUACAAAAGUCAGAGGCAGCUAAGAUAGAUACCUGGACCCACCAAAGACUGAAGAACCCCCAGGUCUUUGUCUUUCUUCUCUUCCUUUCCCAGACCAGGAAAGGCUUGGCUGGUGUAUGUGCGGUGUAUGGUGUGAGGGGCGUGGUUACUGGACUCCAGGCCUGACCAGAGGGCCCAGGACAGGGCCUUGUUUAGAAAGCCUGUCACCAGAGCUUCUCUGGGUUGAAUGUAUGUCAGUGCUAUAAAUGCCAGAGCCAACCUGGACUUCCUGUCAUUUUCACAAUCUUGGGGCUGAUGAAGAAGGGGAGUUUUUGUUGUUGUUGCUGCUGUUUGGGUUGUGUAACAUCCAGCCCAGCCUUUAAAAAGCCUUCUGGAUCCAUGGGGAGAGAAGUGAUAUGGUGAAGGGAAGUGGGGGUUAUUUGAGCACGGUUGAAUUUUUUUCUAAAAAGAAAAAAGGGGAUAAAUGAGCUUUCCAGAUUUCAGAUAUUUAUCCGAAAUUAUUAUUUUUUUUUUUUAAGAAAUGAAGUAUCUUGUCUACUUGCAAGCUAGUAUUAGAAAAAUCAGGGAGGGCAUGGAGAAGGUUAUCUGGACAACCUCAUUUUACCCCAGAGCGUCAGAGGCCUGAGGGAGCAGGUUCUGAGACCUUCCCUGCCCCCAAGCCUGAGCCCAACCUUGGAUUGUGGAAUGUGUGGUUCUCCUGGGGGUGCCUUUGGGCAAAAUGCACAUCUGCAGGGUCAGCUGCUUUACAGCUGCCCGGGGAAAUUAUGGGGGGUUGGAGUGAGAGUCCCCUCAUAGCAUCUCAUCCAAUCCACGCUGAGGCUGAUGCAGGCAUCCCCUUCCUCAACGAUUUCCUUCACCCUAGGGAUGCCCCACAAUCCAGCUAGUUAAACAUGAGCAUUAAGGAAAAAUGUUUUAUUUUCUGUUCUCCCAAGGCAACAUUUCCAUGAAUAUAGUCUUCAGUGAAUCACUGGGCAUUUC